UGGCACGAGGCACGUCACUCUCCUGAUACUCGGAGCAGAAUGGCGGCUGUUUUGGAAUCGUUGCUGCUCAGCAGAGUGGAGCUCAGCGAGGCUGUGCUCUGGCUCAGAGGACAACACGUUUGUGAAUCCCAAAACUUUCCAUUCAAGUUCAGCAAAGAGGAGUUUGUGCCUUUCCUAUUGAAUUUUUUGCGGGAUCAGAGCAGUCAGACUUUGACCCAUGGCCCCACCACACCUGCCAAGACCCCCAGCACCUCCAGAUCUGUCAGGACUCAGGACUCUUUUGUUCGGAGAGGCAACAAAUCCACACCAGUUCAGUCUUCACGCAGUGCCAGUCGAGUCCAGCUCUUCUCUCCUGCCCCAUCUGUGUCCCCGGUGGGCGGGAGGAGUGAGCAGGAGACCCCAUUUACCGGCUCUCAUUGUUUGAGUGGCGUCAGUGCCCUCAGUAGCCCUUCCUUCAGCUCUGUCUGGAGCCCUGCUCCCCGCAACACCCCCUCUGAGCGCCGCUCUGCCCAGCGUCCCAGUCUUGGAGACUUCAUGACAUCACCCCCAGAGACGCACAGAGGCCGCAGGAGGAGUGGGGGGUUUGGGGGGUGUGCGCCCGGCCGUCAGAUGGGAACUCGCGGUGCUGUGUCGGAGGAAGGAGUUCGCUGGGAUGGAGGAGGCAGGAGGAGCAGAGGUGUGGGGAGGAUUGAACCAGUGUCACCCCCAACACAGGUGCAGCUCAACUUCAAUAAUUUGGAAGACUUUCCUCCAGUGGGUGCCGCCCAGUCUUCACCAGUAGCAACCAAACCUUCACGGAGAAUCAACCCAACUCCCGUAAGUGCAGAGCGGCCUCACUCCAAACCUAAGAGCUGCUUCACAUCCACCCCGCUCAGCCUGCCUGCCAGUCCCCCUGCCAUACUAGAGAGCGCUGGGGCCACACUGACCGCUGGCAGUCCUCACAGUCUGCAGGAAGAGAGAGAGUUGCUUAGGAGAGAAAGGUCUAAACUUGCCCAGCAGACCAGCUCCCCACUGAAAACCACCCCUGCCAUCUGUACCCCAACCAAAACUGUGCACAGACAAGGGUCAAAGGUGACCCCUGACCCUCAGUCACCUUGCCCUGAUCCUAACAAAGUGACACAGAAAUCAGAGCUGGAUCUCUUAGCAGAGCUGUAUUGUACCUGCAUUUCAGAGAACCUGGUUCCUUGUGUCUUCCUGGAGCUGUUCUUCGUGCUGCAGCUCUUGACAUCUCGUGACGUGUCUGUCUCUGAAUCUCGGGAGAAAGGAAUCAGUGUCUGUGAAGACAGCCCAGGUGAGUUUGAUUGCACACUAAUGAUGGUCAGUCAGCUCACAGCAGCAGGAAGCCAUUCUCACUUUGCUAGACUCUUCCAGAAGCAGCUGAUCCAGAUGUGCAAAGGCCCUUGUGUGCUGGGCUCCUCCAGUGAUGCCCCUGAUGCUGAUUUGCUCGGCAUGCUGGGAGCAGACAGCCUGGGUCGUCUGAAGCGCCUGCAGCAGCGUCUGGUCCAGCCUCAAGGACUCAUUGGUCCCUGCCCUCCACCGUCCUUUCCUGGUCAUCAGGAGUUCUUCAAAUGCUUCCUUCAAACAGCCAGCUGCUGUCAGCUAAACCAGCAUCUGAAAGAUGGUCUGUGUCAGCAGCUGCUGAAGCUAGAUGAGGUGUCCAUCCUCGGUCCAGAUGCCAGCCCUGCCCGGGGAGAGGAGACAGGUGAUGGAGACAUGGAGCAGCAGGAUGAGAAGCAACGUUUCUCCUCCGUGCUUCUCACGGCUCGACUUCUGGCCAAGUUUUUGGGCUUCAUCUCUUUCCUGCCUUACCAGACCUCUGAGCUGCCAUCAAGAGACAUACAGAAUACUGCGAUCAGUCUGCGGAGCAAGAGCUCUCCAUUGCUGGAUGUGUGUGUGGUGUUGAGGAGUUCAGUGCAUCAGAGACGCACCAUUCUGACAGUGCCCUGGAUAGUGGAGUUCCUGUCCAUGCUGGAUUACGUCGGCCCAUUUCUUCCUUUUUACAGGACUGCUCUGUGCCUUCUGCUCCAGAUCUACAAGAGGAUGGUAUUGGGUCGAGGAGGGGAGCUGUGUUACAUGAAUCAGCUGCUCAUGGUGGCAGUUUUGGGCUGGCUCUUCCAGAAUGAGGUUGACCUGGAACAUGCCUUCUUUCACAACCAGCCCCCAUCUCUCAGACGGACUGUAGAGUUUGUUGCUGAGAGAGUCGGUUCCAACUGCGUCAAACACAUCAAGGCUACGCUUGUGUUGGAGCUCGUGAAGGGUGGAGAGAAAACUCUCAGAGAUAGUUUGGGUUUGGAGGGUGUCGACACGGCCAAGUUAAACGAUUCUAUCUGUGCUCAGCUGUGUGACGCAGGCAUGCAAGCUCUAGAGACACCGGUGGCUGCUAGCCUUGACAUUUAA